AUGGCUCCUGUUUUAUCAAGUAAUUGGAAAAAUCUUCAAGCAGCAUUAAAGAAAGCCCCCAAACCAGAAUCAGAUGCGAAGAAACGAAAAGCUGCAGAACCUUCGGAAAGAACGAAAGAUAGUAUCGCAAAGCGCAGAAGAUUAGAAGGCCUCGCAGUAAAAUCUCGACCAAUUGCAGACGCAAAGGGAACUUCGAGGAAGGGAAAGAUGGGAGCAAUGGGGAGUUCACCAGCUUUAGAUUCAACAGAAGAUGAUACACCACUCCCAAAGAAUGCACCGUCUGCUUCUUUGGCCCUUUGGGCGGAAGACAAUGAUAUAUCGGCGAAAGAUCUUGCGGAAGCUUAUGGAGGAAGUUUGAAAGAUACCACCAUUCAAGGUGCUCGAGCCGACAAAAUCAAUGGCGGGCUUUCAGAAGACGUCGACAUAGGGAAAUACAUUGGAAUUGAUUGUGAAAUGGUAGGUGUGGGGGGUUCCGAAGAUAGAUCGGUAUUGGCUCGAGUUAGUAUUGUCAAUUUCCAUGGCACGCAGAUAUACGAUUCUUUUGUGCGACCCAAAGAGUUUGUUACGGAUUGGAGAACUCAUGUUUCUGGUGUAUCGACGAAAAAUAUGGCGACGGCGAGGGAAUUUGAUGAGGUGCAGAGAGAUGUGGCCGAGAUUUUGAAGGGGAGGAUAUUGGUGGGACAUGCGAUAAAGAAUGAUUUGGAAGCCAUGAUACUGAGCCAUCCAAAGAGAGACAUACGAGAUACGUCGAAAUUUUCAGGCUUCAGAAAAUACAGUAAUGGGAGGACACCGAGUUUGAAGAAGUUGUCAAAGGAGAUUCUGGGUGUGGAUAUACAAGGUGGUGAACAUUCUAGUAUUGAGGAUGCAAGAGCAACUAUACUUUUGUUUAGGAAACACAAAUCGGCUUUCGAUAUUGAACAUGCAAAGCACCAUCCUCCGCACUCCGGUGUGUCUUCGAAGUCCAAGCCAAAUAAGAAGAAGAAGAAAGGGAAGCGUUGA